AUGAAGUUGUCAAACUUCUUUGUCGCAGCCCUUGCGGCUAACACUCAUGCCCAGAAUGUUCUCCCUCGCGGAACCCGUCCAUCCAACAUCCUCGACUCCCGAGCCCUUCUGCAAGACAUAGUAACAUUCGACGAGCACUCGCUCUUCAUCCACGGCGAGCGUGUGACAAUCUUCUCCGCCGAAAUCCAUCCGUUCCGUCUCCCCGUCGCAACACUCUACCCCGAUCUCUUCCAAAAGGUCAAAGCCAUGGGCUUCAACAUGGUUUCGUUCUACGUCGACUGGGCACUUCUUGAAGGAAAGCCCGGAGAGUUUAGAUCACAGGGUGCGUUAGAUUUACAAACGUUUAUUGAUGCGGCGCAUGAGGCGGGGAUUUAUCUCCUUGCGAGACCGGGGCCGUAUAUCAAUGCUGAGGUUUCGGGGGGUGGAUUCCCGGGAUGGUUGCAGAGGGUGAAGGGUUUUUUGAGGACAAAUGCUACGGAUUAUUUGGAGGCGACAGAUAACUAUGUUGCUCAUGUCGCCAAGAUCAUCGCAAAAGCUCAAAUCACCAAUGGUGGACCAGUGAUUCUGUACCAGCCGGAGAAUGAGUACAGCACUGCGCAGGGAACGCCCUUCCCGAAUCAUGAUUACUUGAAAUAUGUCAACGAUCAGGUUCGCAAGGCUGGAGUUGUUGUGCCGCUUAUCAACAAUGAUGCUUGGCAAGGAGGUACUGGAGCUCCUGGAACGGGACCUGGCGCCGUCGACAUUUAUGGGCAUGAUGGAUAUCCAGUUGGUUUUGACUGCGCAAACCCAUACACCUGGCCCAAGGAUGGUCUUCCGACCACGUGGCACGUGGAGCAUGAGAAGAUUAGUCCCAACACUCCAUACUCAAUCAUUGAGUUCCAGGGCGGAGGCUUUGAUCCACCUGGUGGCGGUGGCUUCGACAACUGCUAUGAGCUCACCAACCAUGAGUUCGCUCGCAUCUUCUACAAGAACAACCUCGCCGCCGGUGUCACCAUCUUCAAUAUCUACAUGACCUGGGGCGGCACGAACUGGGGUAACCUUGGCCACUCUGAUGGCUAUACCUCCUACGACUAUGGAGCAGCUAUCAAGGAAGACCGGACGAUCACCCGCGAGAAAUACUCCGAGAUAAAACUCCAGGGCCAGUUCCUCCGCGUCUCACCAAACUACGCCAUCGCAGAGGCAAGCAACUUCACAACCACAAAGUACACCGACAACAAGAACAUCGCCGUUACAGCACUCACCACCAAGAAAGGCGAUGCAUUCUACGUCGUUCGCCAUGCAGACUAUCGCUCCACAGGCUCAGCAUCUUAUAAACUCAAAGUCAAGACAUCAGCUGGAACUUUGACAAUUCCUCAACUCGGCGGAUCUUUGUCACUGCAUAGACGAGAUUCAAAGAUUCAUGUUGUGGAUUAUCCUGUGGGCAAGUAUAAGUUGUUGUAUAGCACUGCUGAAGUGUUUACGUGGAAGAAAUUUGGGGAUAAAACUGUUCUUGUGCUUUAUGGUGGUGCGGAUGAAGUUCAUGAGGUUGCUGUCAAGGGACAGACGAACAUCAAGGUUAUCGAGGGUGAUGGUGUCAAGAUUGAGAAGAAGAAUGGCGCCGGGGUGUUUCAGUUCAAGACUAGCACGAAGCGUCGUGUUGUGCAGGCUGGAUCUCUUUACAUCUACCUCUUAGAUCGCAAUGCUGCGUACAAGUACUGGGUGCCUACUAUGCCAAGUAAGAAGAGUGGGGAGUACGGAUCCUCUGUUAUGAAUCCCGACGCCGUCAUUAUCAACGGGCCAUACCUUGUUCGAUCUGCUGCCGUCGACGGCUCCAAGCUUUCCGUGCAGGCAGACUUUAACAUCACCACACCAGUCGAAAUCAUCGGUGCACCAAAGGGAACCUCUCGCCUGACCAUCAACGGCAAGGACACGCCGUUCACAAAGUCUAAGCUUGGGAACUGGCUCGUCAACCCAGAAAUCAAGCUUCCCUCGGUCAAAGUGCCAGAUCUCAAGUCAUUGGACUGGCACUACAUCGAUGGCCUCCCCGAAGUGAAGAAGGACUAUGACGACUCGAAGUGGCGCACCGCAGAUAUCAAGAAGACGUUCAACUCAAAGUGGCCUCUCAACAACUCCGUUUCCCUGUACUCCGGCGACUACGGCUUUCACGCCGGUGCCCUAAUCUUCCGAGGCCACUUCACAGCAUCCGGAUCAGAAUCCAAGCUCAAACUCUGGACAUUCGGCGGUCGCGCUUACGGCAGCUCAGUCUGGCUCGACGACAAGUUCGUCGGAUCCGUCACAGGCGGGGGCAACAACAACAAUGACACAUCAACAUACAAACUCCCCAAGACCUCAAAGGGCAAGAAGCAUGUGAUUACAGUCAUCGUAGACAACAUGGGCCUGAACGGAAACUGGGUCCCUGGCGUCGAUGAGACAAAGCAGCCCCGUGGAAUUCUCGACUGGCACAUUACUUCAGACUCUGGAAAGGAGACAAAGGUGUCAAAGUGGAAAAUCACGGGUAACCUCGGUGGGGAGAAUUACAAGGACAAGUUCCGUGGUCCUCUUAACGAAGGCGGCUUUUUCUUCGAGCGCCAAGGCUAUCAUCUCCCAUCCCCUCCACUAACAUCCUUCAAACCGGGCUCCCCCUUCAAAGGCCUUUCCAAGCCCGGCGUGUCAUUCUUUACAGCCAAAUUGCCCCUCAACCUCCCUUCGUCAACACACGAUGUUCCUCUAUCAUUCACCUUCAAGAACAACACUUCCAGCACAGGUGCAUACCGCGCUAUUCUCUACGUAAACGGUUUCCAGUACGGAAAAUACGUCGCCAACGUAGGACCCCAGACAACCUUCCCCGUACCGGAGGGGAUUCUGAACUACAAGGGUAAUAACUGGAUCGGCAUCGCACUCUGGGCGUUAAAGAAGAGCGCUAACGUCGAUGGGCUGACCUUGACAGCUGGUGUGCCUGUUCAAACCGGUCGAAAGCCUGUGAAGGUUGUCGAGGGGCCCAAGUAUUCUAAACGCCAGGAUGCUUAUUAG